AUGAGUUCAUCACCAACAAAAUCUAAUUCUAACAGUAUUUUUUAUUUUCCCGCAUUUAUUGAUACAAAUAACAAUCAGGAGAAUAAUUAUGAGCAAAAUGGAGGAUUUUUGGGUAUUUUAUCAAAUUUUUUUCGACCAUCAAAAUCUUCGUCUACAACAGAAACUGUAUUUUCUGAGAGUGUUUGCAUUACAAAAUCUGAGGAGAAGGAUGUAGUUUUUGAGGAUUCUGUUGAGGAAACUUUUAAUGAACAACAGCCUUCAACUAGCAACGCUCCAUCAAAUUUUUUUAAUUCAAGAAAAAAUGAAUUGAGAAGAUAUUGGAUGCCAGACUCUGCAGGAAAUGAAUGUUAUGAGUGUCGUGAAAAAUUCAAUACAUUCCGAAGGAAGCACCACUGCCGCCUUUGUGGCCAAAUAUUUUGUAAAAAUUGUACAAGUCAUCAAUUAAAUGGAAUUGAUUUUGUUUGUUAUGGUAUUGUAAGGCUUUGUAAUUUUUGUGCAAAUCAAAUAGAUACAAAAAAUGGUGGUGGGACACGUGGAAAAUUAAAGCUAUUUCCUCCAUCAAUUCACGAUUCAAUUGAUGGUUCCAGUGAUCGAAUAUUUACUUUACAACAAUCAAAAUUGAAGACUUCUCCAAAUGGAUUUUUACAUCCUUCUACUUCGAAUGAUUUUCAAUUAAAUUCUGAAUUGCCUUGUUCUCCUUCAAAUUCUAUUAAAAAUGUAGAUACUCAAACUGAACGACAUUUGAUUGAAAUGUGGAAAGAUUUGUUAUGGAAAUUGAGUAAAUUAGUAGCUGAUAAAAUUUUCCCUGUAGCGCUCAAUAAUGCUUCAAACAAUUUUCCUUUGGAAUUUUUGCAUAUCAAAAAAUUACAUAUUGACACAAAUCCGGACUAUGAGAUAAUUGAUGGAAUUGCUUUCACUAAAAGUCUUGCCCAUACAUCAAUGCCUACUUCAAUGGAAAAAAUUUCUUUAAUUUUAUUAAAUGGAAUGAUUUCUUAUGAACGGGUUUUAGAAAAAUUUUCUUCAAUAGAAUCAUUAAUGCAACAAGAAGAAAAAUUUCUUCAUCUUCAAUGUGAUAGAAUAAUGUCUGUAGAUGUUAAUAUGUUAAUUACUGAAAAUGCUAUUCCUGUGGCUGUUUUAGAUUUAUUAACGAAAAAAGGAAUUUCUGUAUUGGCAAAUGUUAAGAGAUCAGUAUUAAAUAGAAUAUCUCGUGCAACUUCAACAAGUAUUUUAAAUUCAAUAGAUGCCCAACUAUUACAACCUAGAGUUGGUAUUGUUAGUAAAUUUCGUCAAUUAGAAUUUAAUACUUGCACAUUUGACCGAAAACAUUUUGUUUUAUUAGAAGAUUCUGAGGGAGGAGAAGGAAAUAAAUUUGGAAUAACAAUUUUAUUAAAAAGUAAGGAUUUGUAUGAAUUGAAAGCUGCUAAAAGAAUUUUACGAUUUUUAGUUCUUUCAAGAUAUUCUUCAAAGUUGGAAAUUGCUUUUCUUUCUUUAUUUAAUAGUUUACCUAAAGAAAUGAGUAAUGAUAAGGAAGCUGCAAGUUCUUUUCAUUGUCAUAUUUGUGAAUUAAAUCAAAGAAGUACUUUAAAAAAUUUGGAUGAAAAAGAAGAAUCUUCUGAAAAAGAAAAUUUUCUUGAUUACUUUUCCCAAAUUGAAUUAACAAAUUCACCAGCUAUACACUUUCCUCCUCCUUCAAUAUUAAAUCAAUUAAAAACAACAAAUAUUAAUUUAUUAAAUAAACAAUUUUUGCCUGAAUAUUUUAUUAAAUUAAAAGAAAUGCAAAAAGAAUAUAAUCAAAUAAUUGAAAAUUUAAGAAUUAAAGAGAAAAAAUUAAAAGAAGAAAAUUUUACAAAAUUUUCACAUUCAUUCUUUCAAUCUAAAACAACACAAAAACCUUGGGAAUUAUUAAAUCAAAGAGCCGUAAAAAGUUUUAGACUUGGUUCAGCUUUACAUUUUAGAAGGAGAGCUGAAAAGAAUUUUGAGGUUAAAGAGGAAAGGGAAUCAAAAUCAGCUUCUUUACUUUUUGAAAUGGAAGAAGAAGAAAUUCGUGUCAGAUCAGAAACUAAUUUACUUAGUCCUUAUAGUCAUCAAGGAUUAGCUUUUCUUUUUUGUGCAAACUCCAAAAAAUCAAAAAAUACUCAAGAAUUCUGUAUGGGACCUUAUGUUUUAAACAAAACAUUUUAUGACCGUGAAAAUGACACAAGUUUGGGAAAAUUUUUGCUCAAUUAUUGCUUCGAUGCUGAUUAUCGUUGUAAAAGCUGUGAUCGUCUAAUGUUUGAACAUUUAAGAAGAAUAGUUCAUCGAAAUACUCGACUAGAAAUAACUACAAGAAAUGUAUCUGUUAGUCGAAGUACUGCUGCAGCAUUAAUUGCUCCAGUAAUUCCCAAUCCUUUUGGAAGUGGGGCAAAUCUUUGUAAUGGGGCAAAUGAAGGAGAAUUGAGUGAAAGUAAUUUUUCAUUAGAAGAUUUACCUUCAACAAUACCGAAUAAUAACUGUAAACAAAUUAUUUGUUGGUUACGUUGUAAUAGGUAGGUGGUGAUUUUUGGUGAUUAUCAGACCCGUAGCCAGGAUUUUUUUGGGGGGAGGGGGGGCAAGAUGGGGAAAGUAAUUAUCUCCUUAAAUCUACCUCUACGAAUAAAAUUUUUUGGGAGACAUACAUAAUUGGGAAAUUUGUUUAUUUCGACAUUUCUUG